AUGAGGCUCGAGAAAACGCACCACUGAGGAGUGCAAGCUCGAUACUACAUGACGUGAACGGUACUUUAGCGGAAGCCUUAAAGGCGAUCAGUCCUUCCAUAUACAGAGAGGUUGUUGAGGAAGCUCAAUUGGGUCCAUCAUCAUCAGCGUCAGCAGAUGAUGACCUGUGGAUAAGGGCAGCCGUCAUCAGCGAUAGCUUCCGCCUCGGCUAUGGAAC